UAUUAUUAUGGAACUGGCCAAUAGGUGCACCGACACGCAAUAUUACUCUCUCGUCAAUUUGGUUAACUCAAAUUUCAGUUCACAUUCCAACAUUUCCAAUUCUAUUCGUAUUAAUUAAUCACUCCAGAUCUACACUUUGCUUCCCAAAAUGCAGUUCUUAUUCUAAUUAUUAUUACAGAUUUUCGACUCUUCUUCUGGCUUCUAGAAUCUUCCAUUUUUCCUAGUGCGCUGGAGAUUUUGAAAUGAGUUAUCGAAGGGAUCAUCGAGCUCAUAGAGCUGCUCUCUUUGAUAACUAUGAUAAUAUUGAGGAAGGUGGUAUACGGGCUUCAUCUUCCUAUCCCCGUGAUAUUGAUGAACGAGAUAAUGACAAAGCUGUGGAUAGCUUACAAGACAGAGUCAGCUUUUUAAAGAAAUUAACAGGUGACAUACAUGAGGAGGUGGAGACCCACAACAGGAUGCUAGACCGAACAGGGAAUGAGAUGGAUUCAUCUCGAGGAAUUAUGUCAGGAACCAUGGAUCGGUUCAAGAUGGUGUUUGAGAAGAAAUCAAACCGGAAAGUGUGCAAACUUGUUGGAUACUUUGUGCUUUCCUUUUUCCUAAUAUACUACAUAUUUAGGUAAGUAUCUCUACCUGGAUUCUACAGUUAGCAUUUUCAAUAUGAGACACUAAAUGCAAAGACUUGCGUUUAUAUAUACACCCCUAAAGUGAGAAACCAUGUAACUUGAUUUAUUCUUCCAUCUCAAGAUGGAAAUCCUAAAGGUAAAUCACCUUAUUUUUCUAAAUGAUUCUCUAACUAAACUAAAGUUUGGAAAAAUGACGAGUGUAAAUGGACCUCUGAUUUCUCAUCUCAGACAUUCACUUGCCUUUGGUAGAUAACUUUGUUCGUAACGAUUCACUUCCAUUAGUUGCCUUAAGAUGCCAUCCAUGUUUUUUGAUUUGGAUUCCUGCUGACACUGUUACUUUUUCUUCUUUGGAUACUAACUUUUUGUUGCCAAUUGCUAAUGAGACUGAGACUAUAGGUGUGAUAUGAUGAUAUGAUUGAGGCAAUUGAUGGCUGUCAAUGAGCCUAUGCUAGAAACCUAUUGAAAUCAAUGUAGUAGAGCUGGGUAUAUAACCAUUUUUCAUCCAUGAUGCAUGAUAUGCCAACCUUAUUGUAUGAAUUGACUAUAAACUAAUGAGGGUGGUAGUCAAAAGCUUGAGUUAUGGCGAAAUGCUUUAAAGAAAAUUGAUUUUAGAAUGAGUAGAAGUUAAGAAUAUGUACCGCAGUUUUGAGCUAGUAUCAGAGGUCUGAAGUUAAGAUGAGAUUAGACAGGAUUUUUCGAUGCCUAAUAUCUACACUCGAUGUUUUAUCAUUACUUAGUAAGAAAAUAUAUCCAGGAUAGUGGCAUGUUAGAUGAGGAAUUGAGGAUAUAACAUAGAGAAUUAACUAGGAUAGUUGCAAUGAAGAAGUGCUACCAGAGUAUUAUACGAUAAGAGGAAACUUAUCAAAGUGAAAUUCUAGUUCUACGAAACAGUUUUUAAGAUCAACAAUGCUAAACAUGAGUGAAUGUUGAGCACUUAAGGUCCACCAUAUCCACAAGAUGAGUGUCGGAGAAGUGCGUAUGUUAAGAUGAAUGUGUCGUUAGGCAAGAUUAGACAUGAUCACAUUCAGCAGAAGGUGCAAGUAGCACAGAUACCGGAUAAAAUGAAAGAAGGCCGCUUGAGAUAGGCUGGUCAUGCCCUACAUCAACAUCCAGAUGCACCGAUCUAUAGGUAUGAAACCAUAGUUAUUGAAUGUGUUAUAAGCGGCGAGGUAGACCUUCAAACUUAGCAAAAUAUUAAACUAAAUGGAAGAAGAAGAUUCACAGAGGAGAAACCAAUUAAUUGAGAGUAAGGGUUAUUUUACCUAUAAAGAAAAAGCAUUUUUUUAUAAUUGUGGUGUUCAGGCUAGCUUGGAAGCUUAGUCAGGCUAGGAUGCUUACUUUAGAUCCAAUGUUUGCUAGUAGUAUUAAUCUUGUUAGAGAUUUGUAUGUCAGUAAAAAAUGCAGAGAACUUUCUAGCACUGUGUAAAGUAUUUGAAUAUCUUGAGACUAGUUUAAAUGAGGCAACAUGGAGUUAUGUUGCUCAGACCCUUCACUUUUGCUGCCGCACCCUUGUCCGACACCAACACCGACACCGACACCGGAUUCGUGUCGGAUCUGGUCAAACGACAUUGGAUACUUUGACCAAAUCCACGGACCAAUCUGAGAAAAUAUUUGAGGCCAAAUUGAAAGAAACGGAGAGCUCUUGAAGAGUGGACACUUAUUGUAUCUAGAAAAGUUUCAAGUUAAUUAAAAAUUAAUAUUUAAUUAUAAAUGAAACAUAACUAUAAAAAAUUAUUUUUGUUUUUUAUUUCUAGGCAUAGAUUUAGUUAUUUUUCUUAUAAUUUUGAAUUAUUUUAGCCGAAUCCCCGCACCCGUAUCCGCACCUGGAUAUGUACCCCGGAAUCUUAAAAUUUAGAUUAUGCCGAAUCCGACCUCUAGAUCCGUACCCUUAUCCGACACUCGACACCGAGUCCGAGCAACAUAGAAUGGACAAUGAGGAUUUAUAUAGCCGACCUCAACUAGUCUUGUGAUUGAGAUGCAGUAGUUGCUGCUGUCAUUAUGGUCUGGCAUGUCUUGGUAUGAGUAUGACCAUUUCGUCUGGAAUAUGUCAGUGGCACAAAAUCUGGCUGUUACCCUAAUUAAACCAAUGUAUUAGCUUGGUAUGUUUAUGUCAUCCUCAGAAAUUCAGUGGAUUGCCUUAAGAAUCAUUUCAUUGUUUCCUGAAAACACGAACCAUGAAACUGGUGGGAGGUAUACCUGUUAACCGGGUUAACCGGAACCGGACCGGUAACCGGUUAGGGAACCGGCCGGUUUCCGGUUAAAAAACCGGAACAGCUUAACCGGUUUCGGUUUACCGGUUUGAAAUCCCAAACCGGAACUGGUCCGGUUCAAAGUGGUUAAAACCUUUUUUGUUUUUUGUUUUUUGUAUUAUAUAUAUAGUAUUUAUUAGUAUAUUGUAGGUAUAUUUACAUAUGUUAUACAAGUUUAUAAUUAAAGUUUAAAUAUUUACUGACUAACAGGCUAACAGCAAGUCAGCAAUACAGAAUAGUGCUUUUCGUAUACAUAUAUAUGUGUAACUUAU